CUAAUACCAAAAACAAUGUUUUUUAAAUUCAAUCUCGAUCAAAAUCACAUGAAAGAAUACGUGUAUUCAGCAAUUUUAAAUAUCAACAAAUUCAACAUGGUAUUCUGUAUAUCCAAAUACCGGUACCACACUUCGAGUCCUAGGUAAGAUGUGGUGGACAUGAGUUAUUUAUUUAUUUAAUGUGAUUUUUCUCAUUCUUAAUUAAGUGAUAACCUCAUUUCUCAAAUAAUUUAGCUUCAUACAUUCAAACUUCCGCUCUUACUAUUAAUAUUCUCCAAACUCCCACUACGCAAAUGAACCUCAGCUCAGCAGCUAAGGCUAUAAGACAAAUCCAAAAAUUACAUCUCCGAUCGGUACCCAUGCCAGUCGGCGGCGGCCACCGCCUCCUCGGCCUCCCCGCCCUCACCAUCGCCGUCGUCGGCGUCAUAACCGCCACCGCCGGCCUCCUCGUCUACCGCCUCCUAGCCUACCUAUGGUGCCACUACAACGCCGCCACGCGCGGGGGAGCCGCCGUUGACGACGCGCCAAGCCAUACGCCGCCGCUUGUCCCGCUCCGCACGGUCAUGAACUUCAGCAGCGACGCCAGCCUGGUGGAGCAGUUCUCGUCGGUGGACCACCUCAUCCCCACGUGCCAGUACAGCGACGACGUCGGCACGUGCGCCAAGACGGAGGAUUACGGCACGUGCGCGGUCUGCCUGGCCCAGUUCGCCGUCGGGGAGCCCGUCCGUGUGCUGCCGGAGUGCUUGCAUAUUUUCCACGCCGGAUGUAUCGACACGUGGCUGUUCCAGCACUCCGACUGCCCCGUCUGCCGGACCGACACCGGCGUGCGCGGUAUUGGUUGAUCAAGUAUAUAGGAGAUUGAUGAGUUAAUGAAGUCCGGUCCGGCAGAACUUGGCGGCGCCGUCAACUUAUCACCUAGCCGGCCAGCAAAGUAUAUAUUUGAUUGGUUAAGUUACGCGGCUUAGAAUAAUUGCUAAUUAUUAGUGGUUUUUACUGAUUAAUAAUUUGCAGAGGAAAAUCAAUUGAUUCCGGCCGGCUUGUUUCUGUUUUUUAAAAUUUUCUGUGAAAGAGAAGGGCCGGCUUCGUUUUGGUUUCACAUACAUAUAAACUUUCUUUAAUUAUCAAUCAUGAUUGUGUGUAUUAGAUAAAUCAUUCAUCUACCGAAGGAAAGGAACUUACCAAGCAAGCAAGCAAACCUAGAAGGGGCGAUCCAAGAUACAAUCAUGAUUGCGGUUAGGAAAUAUGAUGGCUAUUGGAUAGUGUAAAGAAGAAACAACAUUUUUUCAUUCGAAAAAUAUGAUGCGGGUCAUUCGGCUAACUCACAAUCCAUCCACCACCCGCUCGAAUAAGUUUUGGGUAGGAUAUAUAUCAAUCCACAAUCCACCCAAAUUAAUCACCCAUCCAACCGCAACUUAUUAGGUUAUUUACAAAUGCAUCGACAUCAAAAUGCAGAGUAACCACCCACCUGUCCUUCCCUGCCACUAGGAAUGGCAAUGGGGAAGGUCCGGGGCGGGUAUCACCAUACCCAUACCUGCCCCCGUGGCAGGUCGGGUACAGGUCGAGCAGUUUAUCAUGGGUUGCGGAUAGAGACAGGUCGACCCAAUGAGUAUGCAAUUUAUAUGGAAAACAUUAGAAAUAUUCAUUAUUUUCAUUAUAAGACCAAGAAAAUAAACCAUAUUAUGAUAGAUGUAGUUAAAUUAUUGGAGCAAUUAAAGUUUUCACUAAUUUAUAAUUUUAUUAUAGCUAAAAUAUGAUGUAAUAAAAAAAAUACUAAUUUUAUUAUAGCUAAAAUAUGAUGUAAUAAAAAAAAAUACUAAGUAAUUUGACUAAGAUUACAUGUAAUUUAGACAAGAACGAGUCGAGAAUUGAACAGGCCAGGGCAGGUCGUCGGGUCGAUGAGAGUACCCAUGUCCACUCUAUCCGGCCUACAAUACGGAUCAAAACCGCCCAAAACAGACCAAACAGGUCGGAUAAAAUGAGUCAAAAUUGACAUCCCUCCUGCCACCUAAUGCUCAUCCCUAUGCGAACUAACAUUUCCUGAACUGAAUCGGAUGGCCCACAACCCAUAUCGACCACAGACGAAAACUAAUCCGAGCCAGUAAAAGUUACAAACAUGUUAAAACCAAUCUUUGACGUUUACACUUGAUACAAAUCUCCAUUGCAUUAUCCCUAAAGGGAUCAGGAGGUUGCGCCAAUGGGGAUCACAAAUAUUCAAGUUGUUACCAUUACUGGUUGUCCUCAGGAGAUCAUAAUUCCAAGUUGGAGUAGAGGCAUUCAGCUGAAGAAAAACACACUAACCCACAUAACCACAGCGCUCGGGUCCAGAUUUUGGCAUCCAUCAUCCUCUUCAAAGCGGCUGAACCUUCACGAGAACCCUCAACACUGUAAACAGGAAGCUACAACUUGAAUUAUGAAGCAAUUGUGCCAUUAUUAACAAACAAGUGAAGGGAGUGAGAACAAACUGGAGUCCAACAAGAACUCGGCAGGGUUUCAUUUCUAAACUGUGGAGAAGCGACAGCGCUUCAUUCUCACUAUACCACUCAUAUAACUCGAAUAGUAAAACCACGCUGCAAGU